CCCAGAAUUCCUUCCGGCAGAGGAGCAGGUCCGGAUGGAGAGCGCCGCUUCCUUCCACCGCCGUGUCUUCUUGCCGAUUGCUUCUUUCCCGGCCAAGAAGAGCCAAUGAGAAGCCUCCAUCCGACCUCCUUAACCAACCUGUGCUUCCCUUCCUCCCCUUACGGGGAGAUUUCCCCGCCCCUUAAAGGCGCAGGGAGGCCACUGGUCCCGGAGGUGUAGGAAAUGGGAAGACAGACUCGUCCUUGCGCCUGGUCGCCAAUAUCUUUCUCUGCCGAAGCUCCUCCUUCAGGUCUCCCGGUCCCCGCUGCCGUCUCCCUUGGCUGCUCCUGCUCACCUUCUUGCUUCUGGGUGGCGCGAUGGAGGGGCAGCACAUAAUGGCUCAGGUGCACAUCCAGACGCCCAUCUCCUCCUCCUCUUCCUCGUCUUCCGUGGCCGGGGAAGAAUCUAGGAAGCUGCCCAAUCCGGUACGAGUGGCAGCCCGGGAAAGGAUGGUGGGAGGCCGUCUGUUGGACAGUCAUAGCCUGGAUGGGAUAAGCCAGGUGUAUGGAGCCUCCAAGGCCCAGGAAGGCAGGAGGGCCACCAUCUCUAGCGCCCUGGAGCUGGAGGGGACGGUGAGCCAUGAUGGGGACCUGACCCACUUUGUGGCCAACAAUCUGCAGAUGAAGAUCAAGAUGAGUUCUCGAAGCAGCCUGGAUGACACGGAGCCCACUUCUUCCUCCUCGAUGUCAUCGCAGCUGUCUGUAAGGGGCAAAACCGCAGACAUUCCUCCCAUCGACCCGGAGGUGAUUCGGGAUCUGGAGAGGCUGACCAGGGAUGUGGCUCAGAGAGUGGACCAGAUGCUGAGAGUCUUGAACGGCUCUAUCCAGAACAUGACUGCCUUGAGCGUGGGCUACAUCCAGACUUACCGGGAUGCUGUGGACAGCUUGGGUGAAUCCGUGGACAUGAGCAUCAAAGGGAUGUACACCCUGAUGGCGAGGUGCGAGGAGCUGGACCGGUCCAUGCAACCAGUCCAUACUCUUGCGAAACAAAUCAGGGAGAUCAAGCGGACACUAGAGAUCUUUGAGGCACUUUGCAAGUAGUGCCCCUUUCAGAAGAAUGAGUGAACUUGCUCAGCAGUGGGGAACAAGGCAGAGGGCAGUGAGACAGAGAGAACACUUGGUCUGUUGUGAUUCAGACUCCAAAAGGGAAAUUAGGUGUGUUUCUUGCACUGUAAUAAAUGCAUUAUUGCAGUGUUUCUCAAGCUUUAUGAAAUUUUGCUUCCUCCUGAUUUUCCAGCCUUGAAAUAUCAUGGGGCUUCCAAGCUUGAAGUAUCAUGUGGCUUACAGGUCCAGCUCAUACAACUCUUGUGCCACUUCUACUCCACUUGUGUAGAUUCCUUCAUCCUUGUGUUGCCUCAGACUCUUGACAAAAUCCUCCUUCACCAUACCUCCUCUCUUAAUGCCACUAUCUUCAGCUUGAAGAAACCAAGAUACUUUCAGCCCUAUUAUAAGCCUUAGUACCCAUUUUGGGGUUUUAUAUUCCAGUUACCAAUAGGAUAUGCCAGGUUUUACAGCUAGAAAAGUUUUAGCUCACUGGUGGGAGGCCUUGGAAUCUGUUUAGAAAAGUUCAGGCCCUAGUAUUUGACUCUUCUACAAUAUCUAUUACUUAAACUGAUAUGUUUCUCAUGCAUACUAUAUGAAUGUAGUGGAAGAGAAGUCCUUGAGAAUUUGCAGUGUUUUUUAUUAAUGUAAUGGGUUACCAAAGUCACACACCAUACAAGGCAAAGGGUAAGGGCUAUCUAAGGAGUAGCUAUGAAUCUGAAGAGUUUAAGCUCCAUACCUUAUCAUAGUUCAUAUAAUAUUCUUAAAGCAAGGGACAGUUCUCAGCAUUUGUCUGUACAAGUAAGCUUUCCAAAGAGCAAUUGACAACAUAAAAAUAGAUGGCCCAAUGGUGUGUUCUUGUCUUCAACGCCAGUUCCAGCAGAUGAUUAACAAAAGGCACCUGACACACAUCAUGGAGUAUUAAAAAAAUGGGCCAACAGUAGCAAAGGGGGGAGCGGGAGGAGAAAGCCCCAUGUUUAUUCUUUCUGUGCAUUUUUCAUUACAGUCAGUUGCUGAACCAUCAUGAAAUAUAUAGCCCAUACGCUAAUGACUGCAAAGAGCUCUGGUUUGUUUGUCUAGUUUCACUGAAUAAUUCAGCCUCUGCCAGCGUCUGAAAUAAUAUGAGAAGCUGCUGUUGCCAGUUACUGGGUUCCUAAUGGGCAUGCCCCCACAGCUACCAGACACACCCUUUGGUUGUAGAGAGCUACCAACACUUGGGUUCUGUGCUCCUGUUUGGCAAAGACUUCUCUUCCAGGAGGCCAUCGCAGCUAAAACAAACACAGAGGACCUUUCUCAGGAGGGAUCCAGCAGCUGGCAGGGUCUGGCAGAAUGCAAAGUUGUUUAUGGGUUUUGUAUUUCUCAUUUGGAAGCAUGGCUGAGUGGUGUAUACCAAGAAAUAAAUUACUUCUUUUUAUAGCAUGGCUAAUCCA